UAUAUUUUGAUAAAGCAAUCAAAAGUUGAUUAUAUAAAAGUUAGGAUGAUUUGAUUAUAUUUGUAAAAUUUUAACUUAAAGUUAUAAUGUAGCUAUAGAAUCAGAUUGGGAAAAUUAGUUUGUAACCAAGGUAAUAAGUAAUGAAGCUAACUGACCAUGGCAAGGUACAAUGCUGCUAUGUUCCUUGUACAGUCCCUACCCAACCGGACAAUAGGCCCGGGAAUAUUAAUCUUAUGAAGUAAGUCGUUAUGGCCGGGUACAUCCACAGCAAGGAUACUGCGCAUGCCUGCAUGAAGGAGGUCAUCCAGCGGACACAGGUGCAAGACCACUGACGACCACCAGAGACCCUUGAGGACCACCGACUCAAAUCACUGAACAUGCGUGAUGGGGAGGAGAAUAUGGAAAUGGAUUCCAAGAAAUGAUUAGCAUAGGACUACCCUUUCUGAGAAAAACGAUGAAUAUGUAUGUUUUGAUUCUAUAUAACCUGUGUGUUGGUGAUUACCUGGCAUGCACGUUGGGUGGAGCUAUCCCCCGUGCAUCCAGCGCUGCAAUAAAGAAUGCCUGCCUUUUAACACUACAUUGGUGUUACGAGGUUUAUUCCCGGAUUUCAGUGACAGUUUUGGUGACCCAGAUGGGACACUGCUUUUGAACCUUGACGGAUCCGUGGGAUCGCAGGACCUCCGGCCAGCACCGGGGAAUUCUCGGGGAGAACCUCUGAUCCCCGGACCGAAGAGCUUUGAGCAAGACCCCUGGGAGAGGAAAGACCCUCGAAGCGCUUAGAAGAUAUAUUGUGCUGACCAGGCCACUUGCUCUUGAUACGCCUGUACAUCCAUACCAGCCGGGUGACUUUGUGUAUAUAAGAACAUGGGGUUCUGAACCACUCCAGGAGAAGUGGAAGGGACCUUUCCAGGUACUGUUAACAACUUAUACCGCAAUCAAGGUAGAAGGAGUGGAGCCUUGGAUUCACUACACUCGAGUAAAGAAGGCACCGCCAGAUCAGUGGACAUCUACGCAAGAGGGACCUUUGAAACUUAGACUGUGUGAAAAUUCUAAGGACCAGUUUCUUUAGCCUGUUAUCUAUUGAAUUAUGAAUAUUAUGAAUUGUUUGAUUAGACUGAUAACACUUUUUUGUAUUUCAUCACUAAUUUGUAGCCAAAGAAAUACAGAAUGGCCAUGGUCCCAAGCUAUUGUCCAAUAUACCUGGAGUGUGGGACCAUAUCCCAAAGACCGUUCCCCAAAUUUAGCCACUGUAGUAAUGCAUGAAUCUGAAGUUUACCACCCACCUGAGUGGGAAUGGGACAGAAAGGACUGGGUCCGUGUCUUAACUGGAACAAUUGGAGAAAGAAUUCAAGUAGGAUGCAGAAAGAUGGAAGGAUCUCUUCAUGAGAAAUCUUCUUCAAUUACCAUCUCCGGAAAUCUAUUAGACCCUAGUUCUAAUAUUACAACGAGACUCUGUCCCACCACUGAAUGGAAAUGUAACAAACAAGAUUCUCUCAUUACGUGUUGCCGCCAACAGAAUGUUGGUAACUACUCCUUAGACCCUAGUACCAAUAAUGUUGAAAUCACCAAAUCCUGUAUUAAGGAACAAGGAGAUUGUUGGCAUAAUUUUACUUUAACUAAACCAGUUUAUGUGGUGUGCGAUUGGCGACCCAAUCCAUUGACAGGAGGACUAUUGGGCCUUACAUUUAAAUUCAAAAUAUAUGUAACAUUUAAAAAUGAUUAGUAUAGUGAAAGUAUUGAAAUAAUUUUCAAAACUUUCAAAGGGGGGAAAUGUUACAUAUAUUUUGAUAAAGCAAUCAAAAGUUGAUUAUAUAAAAGUUAGGAUGAUUUGAUUAUAUUUGUAAAAUUUUAACUUAAAGUUAUAAUGUAGCUAUAGAAUCAGAUUGGGAAAAUUAGUUUGUAACCAAGGUAAUAAGUAAUGAAGCUAACUGACCAUGGCAAGGUACAAUGCUGCUAUGUUCCUUGUACAGUCCCUACCCAACCGGACAAUAGGCCCGGGAAUAUUAAUCUUAUGAAGUAAGUCGUUAUGGCCGGGUACAUCCACAGCAAGGAUACUGCGCAUGCCUGCAUGAAGGAGGUCAUCCAGCGGACACAGGUGCAAGACCACUGACGACCACCAGAGACCCUUGAGGACCACCGACUCAAAUCACUGAACAUGCGUGAUGGGGAGGAGAAUAUGGAAAUGGAUUCCAAGAAAUGAUUAGCAUAGGACUACCCUUUCUGAGAAAAACGAUGAAUAUGUAUGUUUUGAUUCUAUAUAACCUGUGUGUUGGUGAUUACCUGGCAUGCACGUUGGGUGGAGCUAUCCCCCGUGCAUCCAGCGCUGCAAUAAAGAAUGCCUGCCUUUUAACACUACAUUGGUGUUACGAGGUUUAUUCCCAGAUUUCGGUGACACCAGGAUACAGGGAGCAGCAGGGACCAGAGGGCAGUGGUGGACAAUCUGGUCAGCACAGCUUGCAAGGAAAACAAGGAUACAAUGGACCUCAGGGACAAAAAGGCAUUAACGGUCAGAAAGGACAGAAAGGGAGACCAGGACAUAAGGGCCCUCCAGGACAACCUGGUGAUCCAGGACCAAAAGGAGAAAGAGGUCUAUAUGGUUUGUGUGGAAGGCAGAUCAAGCCAGGACGAACUUCCACCUUUGGGUUCAGUUUUAAGAUCUUACUUCCCAUGAACUGCAGAGAUUUUGCUUCUCUUUGGACCAGUUCAGGGGCACAGUGUGCAUGUAUGAGGGUGAAGCUGGGGACAAGGGGAUUGCAGGGGAACGUGGACCAAAAGGAUAUAGAGAUGGAUGAUUCUGGAUUGUUUCACAUGCUAAAUGUCCAUGGUGGACAAUAUAAUGAAGCAUUACAAAGAUUUCAGCUCUGCACUUUGUGCUAUGGUGAGGACAACUACCCACCAGAAGAGCUCAAGGUCAAGUGCAGCAGACUCUGCUUUCAGAGCCAAAGACCUGUCUUUGAAACAGAAGAGAUGUCUGCAGACCAUGUCACCAUAGAGGCUACUUCAUUCACUCCUCCCUGGUACUCAAGAGGAUUAUUGCAGACUGAUAGAAAAUAUAUUCCUUUAAGAACAAGAGUUUUCACUGAGAAGAAACAAAACUGGAGUAACUGGAAAUUUAAGGCACAGUUUUAGGAAAUGUGAAGCCCUUUAUCCCAGCUGAAGACAGUGGGGGCUGUGGGUGAAAGUAGAAUCCAUAUUUGAAAGAAACAAGCAAGAAGGGAAAACAGUAACAUCAUUACACCAACUAGCCCUAGAUGGAUCCUAAUUCAUCCUUAGAAUACCAAGUGGAAGGAGGGGAUCUCUUCUCCAACCUUGCCCCUGCUUCAAGCUGAUCUUUUAAUUACUUUUCUCCUUCUCUAUUUGCAAGUGAAUGAUUCACAUCAACCUGUGUCCAUAUUCACAGAACCCUCUCUGAGGGGGGUGGAAAGCCUGAUGCUUUCUCUACUGACCUGCUCUGUCUUCCCUACUAGCCUUUUAAAGCACACAGUUGCAUUUUGGUUUCUUUCAGGUUUAUGCUGUUUCCAAGACUUAAGUGAAUACAAACUGAACUGCAGAGUAGGUAUCAGAACAGUCAGUUGGUGCUUAGCUAAAAGGAGCAGACCUUGUUCUGGAAAAAGUCCUGCAAAUCAUUCAUAACUUUUUCUUGAAUUGAGUUUCUUGAGAACGGGUUUUGGGAUUUUGCAAUCAAGUAUUAAAUUAUGCUUCAGAAAUUUUUCCCGGAUUCUUUCUAACUUUCAUGCCCUUCCCAAGGUGUGAAUACAAACUGCAGAUACCAUGUUGUAAGAAGAAGAUCAUCAGUACUAUGAUGAGAUGAAAUGGCUUUCCCAUGCAAUUUUCUGCUAUCCAUCGUCCCUUAAGAAUGCAUUAGCAAUGUUUGCUGAAAUCAUGAGCUGAUAAUGGCUCUUUUGAAAACUGCUAGAUGAGAAGUUAUUUUUAGCACUAUCUGCUAUGAAAAAUGAUGAGGAAUGCAGAGAGACACUUGGGCAGAGGGACGCCAGAAGGCAGGGAUUUCAGGUCCUUCAGAGAGAGGUUUAGAGACAGUAUAUCAGACUAUAUCUGAAUAAUUGCAGAUGGAGUUCAUGGAUUCUCCACUUUCCAUAUCCUUAGCUUUUCCAUUUUUCUUCUUCCUGCAUCCUUAAGAAGGGAAAGUGGGUUGUGUUUCGUUGUUAGGGACUAAAAUGCUCCACAGUGAUGAGAGAUGUUUUAUUCCCAUCUAUUUCCAUCACAGGGUCCUACAGGAGCUCUCAUUAAGUCUGUGGGCUCAAUCAAGUAUAUCAGCUGGGAAGAGAUUUCUUCAACAAAAUACAUGCUAUCGUAAAUACAAAGAGCAUGCAGAAGAUGGGGAGAAAUAACUGAAGAAAUAAAUUUUUGUUGCAUAAAGAGA